AUGCCCCGCUUCCUCUUGUGUGAGCUGGCUGGCAGCCGGCCCGGCUGUCGCUCCGGUCCUGGAUGCUCGGAGGGAGAUGAACGUGCCGAUGUGCUCGUCUCCCCAGCUAGGAACCGCUCCCAUGGAGCAGAUGGCAGAGCUAAACGUGCCCUCGGCUAUCCCUUAUCACUGGCCGGCUGUCUCACUCCUUCCUCCUUCCUGCGCAUCGGACAGCUGAGCAAUGUGGACCUCAACGAGGACAUCCGUGAGCUGGAGACAGAGCUCCCUCGGCAGCAUCCCAACGAGAUCCCCCACAAUGAGAAGCUCCUGUCGCUCAAGUAUGAGAGCCUGGACUAUGACAACAGUGAAAACCAGCUGUUCCUGGAGGAGGAGAGGAGGAUAAACCAUGCGGCUUUCCGGACGGUGGAGAUCAAGCGCUGGGUCAUCUGUGCCAUGAUUGGCAUCCUCACCGGCCUUGUUGCUUGCUUCAUUGACAUUGUGGUGGAGAACCUGGCUGGGCUGAAGUACCGGGUGGUGAAGGGCAACAUCGACAAGUUCACAGAGAAAGGGGGCCUGUCUUUUUCCCUGUUACUCUGGGCCACCUUGAAUGCCAGCGUGGUGAUGGUGGGCUCUGUGAUCGUUGCUUUCAUAGAGCCCGUCGCAGCUGGCAGCGGCAUUCCCCAGAUCAAAUGUUAUCUCAACGGUGUGAAGAUCCCGCACGUUGUCCGCCUCAAGACCCUGGUGAUCAAAGUCUGUGGGGUCAUCCUCUCCGUGGUCGGCGGCCUGGCCGUUGGGAAGGAAGGACCCAUGAUUCACUCUGGAGCAGUGAUUGCUGCCGGGAUCUCCCAGGGAAGAUCCACGUCCUUAAAGCGAGACUUCAAGAUCUUCGAGUACUUCCGCAGAGACACAGAAAAGAGGGACUUUGUCUCAGCUGGAGCUGCUGCUGGCGUCUCGGCUGCAUUUGGUGCCCCUGUGGGGGGUGUCCUCUUCAGCUUGGAGGAAGGGGCUUCCUUCUGGAACCAGUUCCUGACAUGGAGAAUUUUCUUUGCCUCUAUGAUCUCUACGUUCACUCUGAACUCUGUUCUGAGCGUUUACCACGGCAAUGCUUGGGACCUCUCCAGCCCUGGGCUCAUCAACUUCGGCAGGUUUGAUAACGAGAAAAUGGGAUACACAAUCCAGGAAAUUCCUAUCUUCAUCUUUAUGGGAGUGGUUGGUGGCAUCCUCGGGGCCCUGUUCAAUGCCCUCAAUUACUGGUUAACGAUGUUCCGGAUCAGGUACAUCCACCGGCCCUGCCUCCAGGUAGUCGAGGCCAUGCUGGUGGCAGCAGUGACGGCAACUGUGGGGUUUGUCAUGAUUUACUGCUCGAGAGACUGCCAGCCCAUCCAGGGGAGCACGGUAGCAUAUCCGCUGCAGCUUUUCUGUGCUGAUGGAGAGUACAACUCCAUGGCCACUGCCUUCUUUAACACACCUGAGAAGAGUGUCGUCAACCUCUUCCAUGACCCUCCAGGUUCCUACAACCCCAUGACGCUGGGCAUGUUCACACUGAUGUAUUUCUUCCUGGCCUGCUGGACAUACGGCCUCACGGUGUCUGCAGGGGUCUUCAUCCCCUCCCUGCUGAUCGGCGCUGCCUGGGGGAGGCUCUUUGGCAUCUCCCUGUCCUACCUGACCAAAGGCUCGAUCUGGGCUGACCCUGGGAAGUACGCCUUGAUGGGAGCUGCCGCACAGCUGGGUGGGAUAGUGCGGAUGACACUGAGUCUUACAGUCAUCAUGAUGGAGGCAACAGGCAAUGUCACCUAUGGUUUCCCCAUCAUGCUGGUGCUGAUGACGGCAAAGAUUGUGGGAGACUACUUUGUGGAGGGGCUCUACGACAUGCACAUCCAGCUGCAGAGCGUGCCCUUCCUGCACUGGGAGGCCCCGGUGACGUCCCACUCCCUCACGGCCAGGGAGGUCAUGAGCACUCCUGUCACCUGCCUGCGGAGGAUCGAGCGAGUUGGCACAGUUGUGGACAUCCUCAGCGACACCUCCUCUAACCACAAUGGCUUCCCGGUGGUGGAGAGCAACCCUGACGCCACGCAGGUGGCAGGACUGCGGGGUUUGAUCCUGCGUUCCCAGCUCAUCGUUCUGCUGAAGCACAAGGUUUUUGUGGAAAGGGCCAACCUGAGCCUGGUGCAGCGGCGACUGAAGCUGAAGGAUUUCCGCGAUGCCUACCCCCGCUUCCCCCCUAUCCAGUCCAUCCACGUCUCCCAGGAUGAGCGUGAGUGCAUGAUCGACCUCAGCGAGUUCAUGAACCCCUCGCCCUACACUGUGCCUCAGGAGGCAUCUCUGCCGCGGGUAUUCAAGCUUUUCCGAGCCCUGGGACUGCGGCACUUGGUGGUUGUGGACAAUCGCAACGAGGUGGUGGGCAUGGUCACCCGCAAGGACCUCGCCAGGUACCGGCUGGGGAAGGAAGGCCUGGAGGAGCUCUCGCUGGCACAGACGUGA